CCAAAAAAAAAUGUUUGCUAAAUCAUUAAAAAUCAAUCAUGCAAGCUCAGCAUGCUAUCUGGUAGAAGUGCUACAGGUCAGAUCUGUAGCUGAUUUGAUGGUCAAUUUGUGAACUGCUACAUUAGGGAAUAAGUCAUGCAUCCAGCAUAUGUCCAAUGACACGGAAUAGUAUUAUUUUGUUUGAAUUUAAAAUUUUAAAAUCAUAAUUAAUCUCUAGUUAAUGUAAUUAAUCAGUAAUAUGAUGGUUAAUAGUAUAAUCGCUACACAUCACUGAAAAAAAUAAUUAUAUAAGACCGGUAUUCAUUAAAAAAAUAGAAAUUAUUGUCCCAAAUUUGCAAAAUAGAUGAUCAUGGAGGAAGCGCCUUCCUCUUCCAGAAAACGAAAUCAUAUUACUUAAAUGACCCAUUCUUAUCUUCAGCAAGUCUUCUGUUGGUAAGGCAGGUCAAGGUGGAGAAGCUCAGCUGCACAAAAAAGCUGGUGAGACUUCUAAUCUCCUGCAACAGAGCAGAUAAUAUAGUAACCGGGAAACAACUCCACGGCAUUAUUGUGAAAUCUGGACACAUUUUUGACGCAUCCAUCGCCGCCUCUCUCACCGAUAUGUACUCAAAAUGCGGGUUUGUAAGGGAAGCUCAAUCGGUUUUUGACGUGAUAAAGCGGAAAGAUUGUGUUUUAUGGAAUGUUAUGGUUUGUUGUCAUGCUUUUAAUGGCUAUGAGAAGGAUGCAUACAAGGUGUUUGAAUGUAUGCGUCUUCAAGGAUUAGCCGGAGAUGGGUUCACUUUUAGCGUCUUGUUCAAUUCAUGUGGUACCUUGGGAUGUCUAGUGUUGGGAAAGCAGACCCAUGGUCUUGCUGUGAGGAUGGGUCUUCUUGAUGUGGAUGUAGUUGUUUGUACUUCUCUUCUUGAUAUGUAUGCCAAGUGCGGCGCCAUUGAUGAUGCUCGCAAGCUUUUUGAUUCAAUGUUGGUUAGAAAUGUGGUAUCCUGGAAUGCAAUGAUUGUUGGUUAUGGGCAUUGUAGCCAGGGAGAAGAUGCAAUUAAGGUUCUUGUUGAUAUGCUUCGUGGAUGUUGUAAGCCAGAUGAGCUAACACUUUCUAGUGUUCUUAGUUCUUGUGCCAGUUUAGCUGCUGCUAUAGAAUCUGAACAAGUUCAUGGAUUUGCAGUAAAGAAUGGCCUUCAAACUUUUAUUUCUGUAGGAAAUGCACUCAUAAUCUCAUAUGCGAAAAGCGGAAGCAUCAAUGAUGCCUAUAAAUGCUUUUGUUCGGUUUCAGAGCGUAAUUUGGUUACAUGGACUUCAAUGAUUUGUUCUUUUGCUUUCCAUGGUUUUGCUGCAAGAGCAAUAGGCUUAUUUGAAGGAAUGUUGCGAGGAGGUGGAAGACCUGACUCAAUAGCUUUUGUUGGGGUGGUUUCAGCUUGCAGCCAUGCUGGACUAGUGGAAACUGGAUUGGAGUAUUUUGAAUCUAUGGUUAAGGAGUAUCAAAUCAAAUUAUGUGAAGAGCAUUAUACUUGCUUAGUGGAUCUGCUUGGGAGAGCAGGUCAUGUUUAUGAGGCUUAUAAUGUUAUAUCUCAAAUGCCAUGCAAGCCAAAUGCAGAUGUUCUUGGGGCAUUUCUUAGUGGAUGUAAGGUCCAUGGGAAGGCUGAACUUGCGAAAUGGGCGGCGGAUAAGCUCUUUAGCAUGGAACCGAAUGAACCUGUGAAUUAUAAGUCGAUGUCUAACAUCUAUGCAUCUUCUCAGCUUUGGGAGGGUGUAUCAAAGAUGAGAAGGACAAUGGAAGAUAACUGCAGUAAGAGGGUACCUGGUUGUUGCUGGGUGGAGAUUAAUGGCAGAGUUCAUACUUUUUUCUCCAGUGAUAAGUCUCAUCCAGAAGCUCUAAGAAUUUACUCGACUUUGGAAAUGCUCAUCAAACUAAUGGCGGAUGAAUACUUUUAGAUGGCAUGAUAUCUAAAUCACAUUUAGAAGGUAAAGUUUAUGUUAUUGAGGAUUUUUUUGGCGGUAAUCUAUCAGUUGCUUUGAUUUACUGAUGUAAGACAAAAUAUAAAGUUAACUGCUCUCAAUAUUAUGAGAAAUUAUUCCGUGCAGUCAC